CAGCUGCCGGCGAGGAGGCCCCUCAUCGUCCUGCGCGAGAGGCUACAUGGGCACCCAGGCCGCCGGCCCGUGGAGAGGCGCCCUGCCUCGUCUCCAGGUGCGGACCUGGAUCGAGCCCGUGGUGGCCUCGACCCAGCUGGCCGUUGCCCUGUUCGAUCCAGGGCUGCUCCUGGUGGUGAAAGAGUCCUACGGAGCCAGCCCAGGGGCAUCUUCCUCCAACCACAGCGCCAGCCCGUCCCCCCGGGGGUCUCCGGAGGAGGACCAGCAGCAGAAAGACAUCUCCAACUUCUACAUCACCUACAACCUGGUGGCGGGCUUGACGCCCCUGCUGUCCGCCUACGGGCUGGGCUGGCUGAGUGACCGCUACCACCGCAAGAUCUCCAUCUGCGUGUCCCUGCUGGGCUCCCUGCUCUUCCGCCUCGGGCUGCUGCUCAAGGUGCUGCUGAACUGGCCGGUGGAGAUGCUGUAUGGAGCAGCAGCGAUCGGCGGGCUGUGUGGUGGCUUCUCGGCCUACUGGUCGGGGAUCAUGGCCUUGGGGUCCCUGGGCUCCUCCGAGGGCCGCCGUUCUGUGCGUCUCAUCCUCCUCGAUUUGAUCUAUGGCUUGGCUGGCUUCUGCGGGAGCAUGGUGUCGGGGCAUCUCUUCCAGCAGAUGACUGGGGACUCUAGGCAUGGCCUGGUGCUGACCGCCUGCAGCGUGAGCUGCUCAGCUUUUGCCCUUUUCUACAGCCUCUUCGUGCUGAAGGUUCCUGUGUCGUUGGCCAGGACCAGCAAAGCACUGCCCUCGGUAGAUUCUGUGUCUGGCACGGUUGGCACAUACCGCACCCUGGAUCCCGAUCAGCCUGACAAGCAGAGUGUGGCAGGGCGCCUUCCAUCUCCCAGCAAAGCAAAGCCCCAAAAAACUGUCAUUGUCCUGCUCUUUGUGGGUGCCAUCAUAUAUGACCUGGCAGUGGUGGGCACGGUGGAUGUGAUGCCUCUUUUUGUGCUGAGAGCGCCUCUCCACUGGAACCAGGUUCAGCUGGGCUAUGGCAUGGCUGCAGGGUACACCAUCUUCAUCACCAGCUUCCUGGGCGUGCUGGUCUUCUCCCGCUGCUUCCGGGACACCACCAUGAUCAUGAUUGGGAUGGUCUCCUUUGGGUCCGGAGCACUCCUCUUGGCUUUUGUGAAAGAGACAUACAUGUUCUACAUUGCUCGGGCUGUCAUGCUGUUUGCCCUCAUCCCCAUCACAACCAUCCGAUCAGCAAUCUCCAAACUCAUCAAGGGCUCCUCCUACGGAAAGGUGUUCGUCAUCCUGCAGCUGUCCCUGGCUCUGACAUCCGUGGUGACAUCCACGGUGUUUAACCAGAUCUAUCAGCACACCAUGGAAAAGUUUGUGGGCACCUGCUUUGUUCUCUCCUCCGUUCUUUCCUUCAUUGCCAUCCUCCCGAUUGGCAUCGUGGCCUAUAUACAAGCCUCGUGGUCGCAGUAUGGAGACAUCAUAGAGCAAUGAAGGUGCUGACCUGGAGCACUGGACAUACCAGCACCGGCCAGGCCCUGAGAAGACAGAGGAAGGAGCCAGGAACUGGUGACCAAACUACCCCACUGCCCAAGAAACCUGAGUCGCAGAGUCCACCUACUGUGACUCCGGGGUCUCAGGGGGUUGGGGAACAGCACUUUCAAGGUGAUGAAAGAACCUUCUCUGCUUUCAGAGGCCCUGUUAGGUAGAGACUAGGUUUUGCAAACAUUAGCGCAUGAACUCAAGGGUGACAAUCAGGUUAUACAUGCAGCCGCAUUUGUCACUGGAAGGGGUUUCAGCAGCAGCCCCUCUUCUUCCAGGAGCUCUCUCUGAGGGCACCAAGGCGUGGCUAACUAGUCACCAGGGGCCGUGCUAGGCCUCCCUGUGGGAGAACCACACUGCUUUCAGGAGAAAACCCAGAGGUCUGACCGUGGACCACAAGGCCCUACUGUACCAUCUCCCUUCCCACCCUCUCCAAACCAAAGCCCACGUUUUCAACAGCCCAAGGGGAUGUUUUGAAAGAACUGCCAACACUGAACAUCAGCCAUAAUUUUUACAUUAAAAUAAAACCUUGAAGGAAAAAAAGCUAGUUUCCUUUCCCGAGCCGUUGUAGGGGACACGCAGGAGAGUUAGGAGCUCAGACUCUUGGCCUCAGGGCUAAUUUUUGUUGUUUUUAAAAAGCAAAUACCAUAGACUUUAUUCAAUGGAAGAUUAAAGUGGGUGUUGUAAAGGGAAGCGGGGAGGAGAGAUGUUAAGAGCCAUUUUAUUUUGCAGUACUUAUUUUUACAGCCUCUUGUACUUAUAUAUAGAAAAGCAGAUUCACUUCUUAAUAAAACCAACAUUCGGGCCUCCCCGGUGGCGCGCAGCGGU